CCGCGAGCGGCCGGCCGAGGGGGCUGGAAAUGAAAGUGAAGCGCUCCGGAGCCACAUGGACCGAGCUGCCCGGGCGGCGGCGCCGGGAGCAGGAUGCGGCCGCCCGUAAUUAAAUAGCAUUUACUCUUAUUAUUACUAAUAAUAAUAACGUAAUCAUACCUCUAGUCAUAGCAUACCAUUUAUCGGGCUCGGCGCAGGCCCGCGGGGAGCGCAGCCCGGCCGAGACACUGAUGGAGAGGCAGAAACGGAAGGCCGACAUCGAGAAGGGGCUGCAGUUCAUUCAGUCAACCCUACCCCUAAAGCAAGAAGAGUAUGAGGCCUUCCUGCUCAAGCUUGUGCAGAACCUGUUUGCCGAGGGCAAUGACCUGUUCCGGGAAAAAGACUACAAGCAGGCUCUGGUGCAGUACAUGGAAGGGCUGAACGUGGCCGACUACGCCGCCUCCGACCAGGUGGCCCUGCCCCGGGAGCUGCUGUGCAAGCUGUAUGUCAACAGGGCAGCCUGCUACUUCACCAUGGGCCUGUAUGAGAAGGCGCUGGAGGACAGCGAGAAGGCGUUGGGCCUGGAUGGCGAGAGUAUCCGGGCACUGUUCCGCAAGGCGCGUGCCCUCAACGAGCUGGGGCGCCACAAAGAGGCCUAUGAAUGCAGCAGCCGGUGCUCCCUCGCGCUUCCCCACGAUGAAAAUGUCACUCAGCUGGGUCAGGAGCUGGCUCAGAAGCUCGGGCUUCGGGUUCGGAAGGCAUAUAAGAGACCCCAGGAAUUGGAAACGUUUUCUCUGCUUAGUAAUGGCACCCUGGCUGGCGUGAUAGAUCAGGGAACCUCUAACGGAUUGGGAUCAAUCGAUGACAUCGAAACAGACUGCUACGUGGACCUACGAGGCUCCCCGGCUCUGCUCCCCUCCACUCCCACAAUGCCCCUGUUCCCUCAUGUUCUGGACCUCCUGGGCCCCCUGGACGGCAGCAGCAGGACGCUCCCCGGCACUGAGGGCCUGGAUGACUUCUCAGAUGGGGAUGUGUUUGGUCCAGAACUGGACACCCUCCUGGACUCUCUGUCUCUGGUCCAGGGUGGCCUGCCUGGCAGUGGUAUGCCUAGUGAGUUGCCUCAGCUGAUCCCUGUGUUCCCUGGUGGGACCCCACUGUUGCCACCUGUGGUGGGUGGCUCCAUCCCCGUGUCCAGCCCACUGCCUCCUGCCUCCUUUGGCCUUGUCAUGGACCCCUCCAGGAAGCUGGCUGCUUCUGUGCUGGACGCCCUUGACCCUCCAGGGCCCACGCUGGACCCCCUGGAUCUGUUACCGUACUCUGAGGCUCGGCUGGAUACUCUUGACAGUUUUGGGUCAACCCGAGGCUCCCUGGACAAGCCUGACUCCUUCUUAGAAGAAACCAGCUCACAGGACCACCGUCCCCCAAGCAGCACUCAGAAGCCAGCCCCCUCACCGGAACCCUCCAUGCCCAACACCGCCUUGCUCAUCAAGAACCCUCUGGCUGCCACCCACGAGUUCAAGCAGGCCUGCCAGCUAUGCUACCCCAAAACAGGCCCCAGGGCUGGUGACUAUACCUACCGCGAGGGCCUCGAACACAAGUGCAAAAGGGAUGUCCUCCUCGGCCGACUCCGGAGCUCUGAGGACCAGACCUGGAAGCGCAUCCGGCCCCGGCCCACCAAAACCAGUUUUGUGGGCUCCUACUACCUGUGCAAAGACAUGAUUAACAAGCAAGACUGUAAGUACGGGGAUAACUGCACCUUCGCCUACCAUCAGGAGGAGAUCGACGUGUGGACAGAGGAGCGGAAGGGCACCCUCAACCGCGACCUGCUCUUUGACCCUCUAGGGGGUGUCAAGCGUGGCAGCCUGACCAUUGCCAAGCUCCUCAAGGAGCACCAGGGCAUCUUCACCUUCCUCUGUGAGAUCUGCUUCGACAGUAAGCCCCGGAUCAUCAGCAAAGGCACCAAGGACUCUCCGUCUGUCUGCUCCAACCUGGCUGCCAAGCACAGCUUCUACAACAACAAGUGCCUGGUGCACAUUGUCCGCUCCACCUCUCUCAAGUACUCCAAGAUCCGUCAGUUCCAGGAGCACUUCCAGUUUGAUGUGUGCCGCCAUGAGGUGCGCUAUGGCUGCCUGCGAGAGGACAGCUGCCACUUCGCCCAUAGUUUCAUUGAGCUCAAGGUCUGGCUGCUGCAGCAGUACUCAGGCAUGACCCAUGAAGACAUCGUUCAGGAAUCCAAGAAAUACUGGCAACAGAUGGAAGCCCAUGCAGGGAAGGCUAGCAGCAGCUUGGGUGCCCCAAGGACACACGGGCCCAGCACCUUUGACUUGCAGAUGAAGUUUGUAUGUGGUCAGUGCUGGAGGAAUGGGCAGGUGGUGGAACCAGACAAGGACCUCAAGUACUGCAGUGCCAAGGCCCGGCAUUGCUGGACCAAGGAGAGGCGGGUCCUUCUGGUGAUGUCCAAGGCCAAGAGGAAAUGGGUGUCCGUGAGGCCUCUUCCCUCCAUUCGAAACUUUCCACAGCAAUAUGAUCUUUGCAUCCAUGCCCAGAAUGGCCGCAAAUGCCAGUAUGUGGGGAACUGCUCCUUCGCACACAGCCCUGAGGAGAGGGACAUGUGGACCUUCAUGAAGGAGAACAAGAUCCUGGAUAUGCAGCAGACCUAUGACAUGUGGCUGAAGAAACACAACCCAGGGAAGCCGGGAGAAGGGACACCCAUCAGCUCUCGGGAGGGAGAGAAGCAGAUCCAGAUGCCCACAGACUAUGCCGACAUCAUGAUGGGCUACCACUGCUGGCUGUGCGGCAAGAACAGCAACAGCAAGAAGCAGUGGCAGCAGCACAUCCAGUCCGAGAAGCACAAGGAGAAGGUUUUCACUUCCGACAGUGACGCCAGCGGCUGGGCCUACCGCUUCCCCAUGGGCGAGUUCCGACUCUGCGACAGGCUCCAGAAGGGCAAGGCCUGCCCAGACGGGGACAAGUGCCGCUAUGCCCACGGCCAAGAGGAACUCAGCGAGUGGCUGGACCGGCGUGAGGUGCUGAAGCAAAAGCUUGCCAAGGCCCGCAAGGACAUGCUUCUGUGUCCAAGGGAUGAUGACUUCGGCAAAUACAACUUCCUGCUGCAAGAGGAUGGGGACACCACUGGUGCCACCCUAGAAGCCCCCAUUGCUGCAACUGCUACUGCUGCCACCACCACCACCACUGGGGAGUAGGGCCAGGUCUCAGCUGUGGGCAAAGUCCUGGGGUCGGGGGUGGGUUGGGGACAGAAAGCCUGAUGGAAUGGCCAAGGCAGGCUGGUUGGGGCAGGGGACCACCCUAUCAGGCAGCCCCCAGGCCUCUGGGUCCCUGUCCAUCCUUUCCACCCCCAAAACCCCAGGUGUGUAUACCCAGGUCAUGUACUGCAGACCCAAGUGGUCCCAGGAUCCUUGUCCUGUCAAAAUGGGGGCAGCCCCUCCCUGAUUCUAGCUCUCCCGGUUGGAGAUAGAGGGGCCUGGCCAGCUUCAGCCUACAGCUUUAAAUUCUGUCUGCUCCUGAAGGGGAUCCAACGCUCAUGGCUGGGGAGCCUGGGGUCCCCACUUGUAUCUGCAGCAGGAGAGUCCUUUUCCCUCUCCACCUUCCCCUUCUCCCUUUCUCUGGGGGCAGAGCAGGACACAGCAGAGGCAGGAGGCCCUGAUUAGCUUACCGUAGUAGUCACGAGAUGAAGUUGGGAACAACGUACUGGUCACUUAGCACUGGGGGCCUCAGUUUCCUGCUUUGUGAAACGGGCAAGGGCUAAGGCAGAUGAUACUGAAGCUAGACUAGGAGUAUAGGUGCUCCUGACAACCAGCCCUUUCCUUUGUGAGCCACGAUCGUAGACAGUGCCUCAGCCUUGGAGUCAACAGCAGCCCAAACCCCAUUUUGCAGAAAUGAAAACUGAGGUCUAGCAGGGGGAGUGAUUUGCCCAGGGUCUCCAGCCCUCUGUUUGGUGCAGAUCUGGGGUGUAAACAUUGAUCAAGAGGCCCCACCCAUUAGCAGCUGGAGCCUCUGAGCUCCUCAGUCCCGUGCAACAUCCCCAGGACCCGGGGAAGAGCUGCUAAGACGAGCUGGUUUUGUUAGCACCCUGUGGGGGAGGCUGUUGGGGUAAGCAGCAGAGGUUAGAUCCCCAAGAGCUUUCACAGAGAAGCGACAGGACACAGGGCACCAUAAGUUCUGGUUCUUCACCAGGUACAAAGCAUGAGGAGGGGCCAACUAAUAAGAGCAGGGAGGUGACCUGGGCUCCAUAGGCCACUAUGGGCCACAGCCUCCCUUUCCUGGAGCCCUUGGUAGCCCUCUCCAAAAGACCCAGAUAUACUCUUAUGACCAUCUAUCCCAGCCCCCAGCCCCCACCGCCAUGCCCAGCUCUGCCAGAUGCCUAGGACCCUAGCUGACUCCCAGCCCGUGCUCCCACCUACCAAGGCCUCUUUCAUUGUCUGAAGUAUGUAGACCCUUUCAUCCUACCUCCCAUGGUAGACACAGCCUUCCCUGGCUCCCCCAGACAUUCCAGAAUGCUCCACACCAUUGGCACAAAAGUGGGGCCCCCCGGAAGGAACCAGAAACUAAGGCUAUGGAGGAGUGAGACAGAAAGAACAGACACUCCUAGUUUUCCUCCAGCCAGGGUUGGUAGGGCUCCAGGGCAUAAUGCUAGGCACCUGGGGCAAAACCCAUUCCUCAUGCUGCCACUGCCAAGCCUUCUCCCAGUAACCAUGGCAUGCACCUUUUCCUCCCCCCUGCCCCCUACCCCCACCCCCAGCUGGCCAGCACUGCAGAGUUUGGGUGCUGGCAGUGUGGCUGGAGGGGAGGUGAGACCACAUCCAGGGUGGGGGCCAUGGCUGUGAAUGUUGAUGAUACUGUUCUCCUGACCUGUGGUGUUGCAGUCUGUUGUCACCAGCCUUGUUUUUAGUGUGUAUAUAUGUCGCCCCUGUGAUGCAUAUAUACACAGGUAUUAAAUAUAUCGCUCUAUAUAAUAUUAUAUAUGUGUGUGGUAUCCAAGGAAUCUCUUCUAAUGGUGGCUAAAGAUAAAGAAUUUGGCAAAAAAAAAAAAUGCAGACAUCCUUGUGAGUUUUGGAAUGCUUAUGGGGUCAUCUGGCUAGGGAGCUGGGAUGGGAGCCAUGGCUCAGAGAUGAUUUGGGCAGAAAGGGCAGGGUGGCCCAACCUGCCCUGCCCGCUAGUUCCCCACAAACCCAUGUCUAGAAAGGAGUACCAGUGUGCUCGGGAGAAGGGAGUGACUAGUGUUUGGUUCCCACUAGAGAAGGAUGAGCCCACAGUUGUCUUGUUGUUCAUUUGCCCAGGGGUUCCUGAGGUCUGGGCUUCCUUACCUUCUAGACCUGGAGAAGAGAAGAGAAAGAAGAUGGGAGAAUCUGGGGUGGGAGACGGUGAAACACUUUAAAUGGUGAUUAUAGUUAAUCAGAUGUGAUUCCCUCUGGGACCUCUGGCUGGAAGGCUCAGGGCUGAAGCAGGGCCUAAGAGGCAAGAACGAGACGGCACAUUAGAUGAAUGGGGCAGUGGGAAGGGAUGCUGCAUUUCUCCGCCGGGCAGUAAUCAAUCUAAUGGUCUUUUAAAAACGUCUGUAUUAAACUUUAAGAAUACCACACUUUAAUAUUAAAUAUCAUAAGGUCUAGUAUCUUGAUAAUAAUGUAGAUGUUUUAAUAACAAUUUUUGUCCUUCUUAAAAUAAAAUGAGAGAGAAACUUG